UAAAGAGGCACAAAUCAGGCCCAGAUCAGGCCCAGGCAGACCCCACCCCUAAAACCAGCAGCCCUGGCAGCUCUCAACCGGGAGCUAGCCAGGCAAGUCAGUGUGAGCAUAGAGAAGGAUCCAGUCUACCACCACCAGACAUCAAUAAUGACUGGCCAGACCUGUGGAGUGCUAAACAAACAGAAGACUUCAAAUCCAAGAACCCCUGGUUGGGAUCCAAAAACAAAAAAUUGGGAUGUCUGGUCUGUAGCAGUGUGAACUCCAUUGGGAUCGACAAGGAGCAAGGACAAGGUGUAUCGCUCUCAAGAGAAUGGAUGAACUUUGAAAUUCAAGUGUCUGGCCAGGGAAGUAGAACAACAAGUUUGUCAAUCUUGAGAAAUAAGGUGAGGAAACAUGCGUUGUCCAAGGCCCACACUCAGGCUGUGAAGGUGGCAGAGCAACAGAAAGAAGCUGCCAUUGAGAAUGCAGUGGAGACUAUGACUGAGUCCUACAUGAAGGAAACUGAAGCUGUGUUUCGAACAGCCUACCAUCUGGCCAAAAAGAACCGACCCUUUUCUGACCAUGAGAGCCUCAUUGAGCUGCAGGAACUGAAUGGUGUAAAAAUGGGCUCAAUACUUCAUUCACGUUACAGUGCAACACAAAUAAUACAACAUGUUGCUAGUGAGAUGCAGAGCAAAAUCAUCAGUAGCAUUAUAGCAUCAUCCAGUAAGUUAGCUGUCCUAAUUGACGAGGCAUCUUCUUUAAGUCACAAAGCUGUCAUGACAGUUUCUAUUAAAGCAUCAAUUCAAGAAGAAAGCCCUGAGUUCAUAUUCCUGGAACUUGUUGAACUGGAAAAUCAGAGAGCAGAUGGCAUAUUACAGGCGUUACUCACCUGUUUAACUAAUGCUGGCUUUACAGAAGAGUGGCUUCAUGAAAACUGGGUAACAUUUGUAUCUGAUGGAGCCAGUGUCAUGCUAGGAAAGAAGUCAGGAGUAGCAACCAGACUGACUUUGAGAUUCCCAAAGCUUUUUGUAUGGCACUGCAUGAACCAUAGACUUGAACUUGCUGUGUCAGAUGCAGUUGAUGAGGUAAACUCUGUCAAUCACUUUAAAACUUUUAUCCAGAAGCUAUACUCUCUGUAUAGUGUGUCAAACAAAAAUGAACGUGAACUUGUUAAUGCAGCAGCUGAAGUAGGCUCACAACUUCUUCGCAUUGGCAGAAUCUUGGAUGUACGCUGGGUGGCCAGUAGCUUUCGGACUGUUCGUGCUGUUUGGACAUCCCUGGGAGCUCUUGUGCAGCACUUUAAAAAUGCUUGCAGUGAUGAGAUGAGGUCCACCAAAGAGAGGCAGAUGUACAGAGGUUUGUUAGACCGUGUUCAAAGUCCAGAAUUCAUUUGUGACCUUGGCCUCAUGUACGACACUCUCCAUGAACUAAGUCUCCUGUCACAGGAGCUUCAGUCUCGUUCUAUAACGCUCCUCAGAGCAGAGCAUCUGCUGAAACGCUCAAUCAGAGUGAUCCAGUCAUUCAAAGAGAGUCCAGGUGAGAAAUAUAGUGAGGCUUUAGAAGCAAAACAGACUGGGGAGUAUCGGUCUAUAGCCCUGAAAACAAAUGCAAAGCUGAAGUCUAUCAAUCCAGGCCAGUUCUUACAAAGCCUUGUGAACAAUCUGGAGAAACGCUUGUCUUUUGAAGAUGAGACCAUCAUGGACCUCAGCAUCCUUGAUCAGAGUAAGUGGCCAUCAAAGCCCAGCAUCCGCCAUGGUGAAGAACAAGUUAAGCGACUGUGCAAGCGAUUUAACUUGUGCACAGACCAAGCACUGAAUGGGAUGCGGGACCUACUGGAAGAGCCCAGUAGUGAGCCCAAGGACCUAAAACCACUUAUGAACUGUAUGAAAACAUUCCCUGUCGGUACAGCAGAGUGUGAGAGGAAUUUUAGCCUUAUGAACAAUAUAAGCUCAGACAAGAGGGCUGUCCUUCUGAUCUCAAACAUAUCAAACUUGAUGAUGAUUAAUAUCAACGGCCCACCAACUUCCAAGUUUGAUCCUAGAAAAUAUACAAGGACCUGGUUGAAGAGCCAUCGUGCUGCCUCUUCGGUGCGUUCUAGACAGUGCAGUGUGAAAGCUCCUGCAGAAAGCAAAUUUGUCUGGAAUAUACUGUAGUAUGAGCAAAGGUCAGAAACCCAGUGCUGGGUUGAGAGAGUAUAUCACUGUUGAUGUGUUGUUAAUGCAUAUAUUUUUGUUAAUUGUUAACUAAAUAUUGUUGUAACAUAUUUUGUUGAAUGAUUUACCGGUAAAUGAACAUGUUCAAAACAAAGCAUAUAGCAAUAUGAACAAGGAUGCAUUGUCACCUUCAGAUUUGAAGUAUUUUAUUUAAAUAAAUGUGCAAAAAAUAAUCGAAA